AUGCACGAAGCGUUGGGCGCUGCAAACGAAAUCGCCUACUUCACGUUGUCUCCAGAGCCGGAUGGACCACCGGAAGGACAAGCCGAGCCCGAGGAUACCUUUGAUAUACUGCAGGACAUCUAUCAGCGCUGCAUUCUCGAGGUCAUUCCACGCCCCGACACAUUCGCCCUGAACUGGCUUGUGCGAGAGAUAACGCCAACAAAAUUCCUCUACGCAGCAUUGGAUAUGGACAGACUCGACGCGGGGAGGUUCAAGGCGUUACUCAAACCGUACGUCGUGCGCCACCUCGACCUGACGCGCUGCGGAAGAGAGCAGGACAUGAGCGUUCUCCGAAACGCCGUAUUCUAUGCUGCAUACUAUUCUCCUGAACCAGUCGUCGCCCUCUGUCCGCUUUUCGAAAAGUACGAAGACGGAUGGGCCGUAGAUGCCCUCGCAAGAAGAGUCAUGAUCCGUCGCACGGACCUCCGUCGCGGAGUGGAGCAUGGACGUUACAAAUUAUUGCGGGAAUACCACCGCGGAAGGGUAGGGCAAGGUGACCCCGCAAGAGAACGGCCACAGGAAGUAGCUCGGAUAGACGACAGGGCGUGGAGUCCUCCCGACGAUGACGCAGCCACCGUGGUCGACACGGGCGAGGACAAUCAGAAUCCUUUUGCAUCGCAACUUUACAUAACGCGAAUCGCGGAGACGAUCCCUGCAGAACUGACCUAUCUAUGGGUCUGGCUGCUUACGCAUGGAGUUGCUGACGACGACGGGCUGAAGAACUUGCUGAACCUUCCGGACAUGCAAUUUGUGAUCUGGUUGGACAAUAAUGUACCGGGAGAAGUACCCGAUGGGCGCAUCUUGCGAUUGUACGAAUUCUUGAGGAGCUAUGCAGAGUCAAUGGACCAUGAAUACUGA